AUGAAUAAGAUGAGUUAUUUCUCUUACUUUCUGGUGGUUUUUGUUUUAUGUGUUUCAUCCUCCUAUGCAGCCAAAGAAGUAGAUGUGGAUACUAUUUGCAAGGAAGUGAGUAAUUCUACAUAUUGUUCAGCUCUUCUCAAUUCAAAAUCUGGAGAAAGUCGAGAUCUCAUUAGCUUUGCAGAAUACGCCAUUGAAGCAGCUCGUGUCAAUGUGACCAACACACUCGAAUUAAUCAAAAACCUAAUUGCGAAUAGUGGUAGUAAUGUUGAGGCAAAACGACAUUACGAAAUGUGUUUAUAUCAUUUCGAUGAAGAGUAUGCCCUUGGUUUGGUUAAUGAAGCUCUAGAUUAUGUAAAGAGUGGAGCUUACGAAUCCGCACGUCAAAAUGCAUGGGCUAUACAAAGUCAUGCUACUGAUUGUGUUUCAGGAGAGUCACCUGGUGAAACUCCUUAUCCUGAUCCAUCACAGCUCCCAAAUUAUGCUCAGCUUGUCACUCAAACUUCUGAGAUUUUUGCGCAUAUAGUUAAGUUUAUAACUCAGCCAUAA